AUGGGAAAGAUCACCUUCUACGAGGACCGGGGCUUCCAGGGCCGCUGCUACGAGUGCAGCAGCGACUGCCCCAACCUGCAGACCUACUUCAGCCGCUGCAACUCCAUCCGCGUGGACAGCGGCUGCUGGAUGCUCUAUGAGCGCCCCAACUACCAGGGCUACCAGUACUUCCUGCGGCGGGGAGACUACUCCGACUACCAGCAGUGGAUGGGCCUCAGCGACUCCAUCCGCUCCUGCCGCCUCAUCCCCCAGGUGAGUCACUCUGGCACUUACAGAGUGAGGAUCUAUGAGAGAGAUGACUUCAGGGGACAAAUGUCAGAGAUCACAGAGGAUUGUCUCUCUCUUCAGGACCGCUUCCACCUCAAUGAAAUCCACUCCCUCAAUGUGCUGGAGGGCUGCUGGGUCCUCUAUGAGAUGCCCAGUUACAGGGGACGGCAGUACCUGCUACGGCCAGGGGAGUACAGGAGAUACCUUGACUGGGGAGCUGCAAAUGCCAAAGCUGGGUCUUUAAGACGGGUCAUGGAUUUUUACUGA